CGCCAGUUUGUAACCUAGCUCUCUCCUGCUCUGCUCGCCACUCUCGCACCGCCGCCGUCUCCAACGCCAAAUCCCUCGCCUCCUUCCACGUCUCGCCGCCGCGUCGCCGUCGAUCACUUCCCAGCGCCGCCUCGCCGCAGAGCACUUCCCAGCGCCGCCUCGCCGCAGAUCACUGCCCUGCACAGCUCUCCCCUGCGCCGCCUCGCCGCAGAUCACUGCCCUGCACAGCUCUCCCCUGCGCCGCCUCGCCGUCGACCACUCCCCUUGCGCCGCCUCGCCGUCGACCACUCCCCUUGCGCCGCCUCGCCGUCGACCACUCCCCUUGCGCCGCCUCGCCGUCGACCACUCCCCUUGCGCCGCUUCGCCGUCGACCCCCACCCUGCGCCGCUCUCCCCAGCGCUGACUGGCCUGCCGAAACCCUCCCUCGUGCGGCCGUUCCCCCAAGCCGCCUCUUCCCCCGCCCAUUCAACGCCACCCUCCCCUGUCGCCGGCUCGCCGCUCGCCCAGCGACCCCUGCUGCCCCACAUCGUCAAAGUGCUGCUAGCCCACAAGAUCGCAGGAACCAUGUCGUUCGCCGGCGUAUCCGUCAUUGCUGGCAGUGGCGGCAGGCUGCCGCGGCUGUCGGCGGAAUCGGACAUGAUCUACUCCGGCUCCAGCGCAGCCAGCAGAGGCAGCUGCUACUAUCACCUGCUUGUGGUGGAAGGUUACUCCCGCAUCAAAGACCUGCCCAAUGGAGGGACAAUCAUGGGUCGCACAUUCAAAGCUGGAGGCUAUCAAUGGGUUCUGAGGUUCCAUCCCAAUGGUUAUGCCCCGGAGGAUGUCGGUUCCAUCUCGGUUUAUCUUGUGCUUGACCAGGAUGUUGCACGGCCCGUGAAGGUGCAUCUCCAGUUUAGUUUGGUUGAUGAGGUUAGCAAGCAAGAUCAAGCAUUCAUCCGUGCAAUCAAAGCGUGCGACUUCUCUGGCAGUGGCUCUACUUGGGGCCGCAGUUGUUUCAUAAAAGGAGAGGACCUUGAGAAGUCAGAUCAUCUCAAGGAUGAUUGUUUCACCAUCCGGUGUGAUUUCAUCAUCGCCGAAGCUGCUGCUGCUGCUCCCUUGGUAAAGGUGCCGUCAUCUAACAUAAGCGAGCAUCUGAGCCAUCUCUUAGUGACGGAGGUGGGCGCCGAUGUGACGUUCGAGGUCGGCCAUGAGAUGUUCGCCGCCCACCGGUGUGUGCUCGCGUCCCGUUCCGCCGUAUUCAUGGCACAGCUCUUUGGCCCCAUGAAGGAGGGGACCACGGCGGCCGCCAUACAAAUACAAGACAUGGAACCGGACAUCUUCAAGGCACUGCUUGGUUUCAUCUACACUGACUUGAUGCCAGAGAUGGAGGCGGAAAGAGAAGCAGAAGUAGAAGAAGGUGGAGCUGAUGAGGUUACGUGGCUGCGCCACUUGCUUGCCGCGGCGGAUAGGUUUGAUCUCCAGAGGCUCAAGUCGAUGUGUGAAGAGAGGUUGUUGGAGCACAUAGAUUUGAGCUCGGUGUCGGCCAUCCUUGCUGUGGCAGCGCAGCUCCAAUGCUGUGGACUUAAGGAGGCGUGCCUGGAGUUCCUCAAGGUUCAGUCAGCUGCAGACUUGGGACAAGUAAUGGCGACCAGUGACUGGGAGCACAUAGGUGCAACCGAUCACUCCGUUCUGAACCAGCUCAUUGCCAAGCUUGCUUCCAAAGUUUAGUUCGUAACAGUGUCCUCAUGGGGCUUCUGGUACGCAUAAGAGGAUCAAACAUAUGUGCGCAAGGCAUGGAUGGUUUAUAGAUUCAGUUAAGCAAACAUCAAUGUUGAUCUAUUGUCA